GACGCCCGGGCCCGGGCCGGCUGCUCCUCACCUCUUCCUCGGCCCCUUCUUGCGAUGACCAAGCGCGCCGGCAUCGAGAGCCCCUGAACCCGUUGCGGGGCAAGCGGGGGAUUUGGGCGCCGUCAGCGUCCUGCUGCCGCGCGGGGUGUUAGAUACUCGGCGAUUGCAGGCAGAGGCCGCGGAGGAAGGCAGAACCCCGCCGUCCAGACCAGCGUGGCCGUGGGGGAAGUUCCUUCCCAACCCCAAAUGCAGUGAGCGGGUUGUGCGCCUGGUGCCGGUGCCUGCCGCCGGGCCCUGCCCGUGCCCCCGAAACGCCCAGGAAAGACGCGGGAACCUGGGUUCUGUGCACCAAGGGAAGGGAGCGCACCCAGAUCCUGUUGGGACCCCGGUAGACACCGUGCCAGAGAUACCAGAACAGACGAGAUCGUGGCGCUGAAGAAGGUGCGGAUGGACAAGGAGAAGGACGGCAUUCCCAUCAGCAGCCUGCGGGAGAUCACCCUGCUGCUGAGGCUGCGGCACCCCAACAUCGUGGAGCUGAAGGAGGUGGUGGUGGGGAACCACCUGGAGAGCAUCUUCCUAGUGAUGGGUUACUGCGAGCAGGACCUCGCCAGCCUCCUCGAGAACAUGCAGACGCCCUUUUCGGAGGCUCAGGUGAAGUGCAUCAUCCUGCAGGUCCUCAGGGGGCUCCAGUAUCUCCACGAGAACUUCAUCAUCCACCGGGACCUGAAGGUGUCCAACCUGCUCAUGACGGACAAGGGCUGUGUGAAGACGGCGGAUUUCGGGCUGGCUCGUGCCUACGGAGUGCCGCUGAAGCCAAUGACCCCCAAGGUCGUCACCCUCUGGUAUCGCGCCCCGGAGCUGCUGCUGGGGACAACGACCCAGACCACCAGCAUUGACAUGUGGGCUGUGGGCUGCAUCCUGGCAGAGCUGCUGGCCCACAAGCCGCUGCUGCCGGGGAGCUCCGAGAUCCACCAGAUCGACCUGAUCGUGCAGCUGCUGGGCACGCCCAACGAGAACAUCUGGCCGGGCUUCUCCAAGCUGCCGCUGGUGAGCCAGUACACGCUGCGCAAGCAGCCCUACAACAACCUCAAGCACAAGUUCCCGUGGCUUUCGGAGGCCGGGCUGCGUCUCCUCAACUUCCUCUUCAUGUACGACCCCAAGAAGAGGGCGACAGCGGGCGACUGCCUGGAGAGCUCCUACUUUAAGGAGAAGCCCUUGCCCUGCGAGCCCGAGCUUAUGCCCACCUUCCCGCACCACCGCAACAAGAGAGCCGCCACCACCAGCACAGGGGCUGAAACCCAGGGCAAGCGCAGCAAGCCCUGAGUCGGCUGCAGGAGCGGGGAGAAGACCCAAGUGUACCCAAGGCCUGCGCUGGCGUGACUAUGACCAACUGCUGAGCCCAAGCGCUGCUGGUCCAGCCGCUGCCAGGGAGAGGUGCAAGAUGUGCAGUGGCCUUCCCGCGGGGCCGCGGCAUUGCUGUCAGCUCUGGGACCACAGCUGCCGCGGGCAGGCAGAGCCAGCUCUCAUCUUUUCCUGCACGCCUCCCCGCACCUGGCCCCAGGCACAACCAAGCGCUGCAUAUGCACGCUCCCGAGGCUGGAGGGAGACUUGAGCCUUGGCGGACGGAGCUGGGGCGUCGGAGCAAAGGCAGCUGAGCUGCCUGUGGGGAGAGGAAGCCCCGUUUCCUUGUGCUGAGCACAGUCCUGCUUUCAAUAAAGUCACGUGCAUGCGUCAG